AUGCCGAUGCACAGCUCUGCUUUGGCGCUCGGUGCACUCGUUACCAGAACAGCAGCCAGUGAGCGCAGGGAACCCGGCAGCUCAAGGGGCAGUAUGCAGCGAGGAGCAGAGCAGCAGCAGCAGCAGCCACAGACAAAACUUGCACUGCAGCACCCGUGGCGUGCACCUUUUUGCCAUGGACGUACCGAGUACAGCCGCAUAAUCUGGAGAUUCAGGGGGCCCAAUCAGACGCGUCCAUUGUUUACUUUGGUCCCUCGCGUCGUCAAGGUCAACGACAUCUCAAACCCAUUGGAUACUCGAAAGCCGACCACAACAACCCGCCCCAUCUGA